AUGGGAAAGUGCUGCAAGUGCAACGGGAGACUGCUGUGCUUGUGUUUGCUGCCUUGCAUGAUGACCGGCCACCUUGUGAUUUACAUCUCGGUGUCCAUAUUUGUUACCAUCUCUUACGCGCCUCCAAAAAUAAUCAUUCACUAUAUUGCUCCAGGGAUUUCGGAAAACUCUUCCGCGUCCGCUUCUUACCCACUUGGCCCUUUCUGGAACCUUCGCUUGGAAGACAGCGCACUGUGGAACCAGUUGCAGCAUGCUUGGGAUCGUCAGUACAAUCCAAUAUUGAAAGGAAACACAUCUGGGGUAAUGAGGAAGCCAAAAGCUAAGCUUUUGUCUGAAAUUGAGGACGAGUGCUUGUCUGACUGCAUGUCAUACAAGUGUUCUGUCCCUCAUAUGCAUAAUUUAAACAGUUUGCCAGAACAAAUCAGGGAAUUUAUCAGGUCAAUGCACUGCAGGGAGUACCCACUCCUUAUCAACCAGCCUGGUAUGUGCAGGAGGAAUGAUGCUAGCUUUGGAAUAGAGUCUCCUAUGCUCCUUAUGGCAAUCAAAUCUCAAGUUGGGAACUUUGAAAACCGCCAAGCCAUACGUGAAACAUGGGGGCGCAGUGGUCUGGCAAGGGGUGAAUCAAAUAGGAAAUGGGUACUAGUGCGCACAGUUUUUCUGCUUGGUAGGCAGGAUUCAAGCACAGGUCCUCACCCAGACCUGCAAAACCUCCUGGAGCUUGAAAACCAGAAGUAUGGCGAUAUUCUUCAGUGGGAUUUCAGAGACACAUUCUUCAAUUUGACCCUAAAGGACUUGCUGCUUUGGCGAUGGCUCCAGCAGUACUGCCCCACUCCUGCUUUUGUCUUCAAAGGCGAUGACGAUGUCUUUGUCCGAACGGACGCCCUUCUAGACUACCUGCACAAGAAGAGGGACGAGCACAAUCUGUGGAGGGCCUAUACCAAUGAAACAGACAUGGAUUUGUUUGUUGGGGACGUGAUCAGUAACGCAAUGCCAAACCGGGAGCCAUCUGCUAAAUAUUACAUCCCAGAAAGUUUCUACAAAGGUACGUAUCCGCCUUACGCUGGUGGAGGAGGGGUGGUGUAUUCUGGCUCACUUGCAUUGCGUUUCAAAGAGGUUUCAGAGAGGGUCCGUCUUUUCCCGAUUGACGACGUGUAUCUUGGGAUGUGCAUGCACAGACUCGGGCUGUCUCCGAGCCAUCACCCGGGAUUUUUAACAUUCGACCUCCCUGUUACAGAGAGGGACAAUCCCUGCGCGUACAGAUCCGUUCUGCUUGUUCACAGACGGAGUCCAAAGGAGAUGCUGACUCUGUGGAAAAAGCUCCAAAACCUUCGCAGUCAAUGCUGA